CAUACAACCCAUUAAUUUUCUGCUUGCUUAACAGUUUUAGCGGCACAUGUUCUUGAAAAUCUCAACUUCUCAGCGAGAUUGGGGAGGGAAGAUCUGGAAAUUGAAGAAAGAGACGAGCAGUUAUAGAACUUCCAGAGGAGAAUCGGAAGUGCCGUUCUAAAGCGACAUUGCGUGCCUUCAACUGAAACAGCUGAUCCGAUACAAUUCCUUUGCUCCGCGGUAAAUUGAAGAUUCCGGCGGUCUCGCCUGGCAUUUCGGGUUUCCGAUUACUCCGUUGAAUUACUUCAAUUUCAGGAAGAAUUAGGUUGAAAGAUCGAAAUGCUCUAUGAACAUCUGAAACCACCAAAUCUUUUUGGAUCGCAUUUUAUGAUUCUUUUCAGAUGUUGAGACAAACAGUUGAAAGCCAUUAGUUGGAUCAUGAAGUCAAAUGUUAUUAGGGUUACUUCCGCUCAAGGAUCUCCUCCAAUGAGUUAUCCAAAGACACUCUUAUCGAUUGUGUCUUCUGUUGGAGGCCUCGCCCUGUUCUUACUUCUGGCUUCAUCAUUUCUCGCCUCUCGGCCCAGUGAGCCUUUUGUUCGUCAGCCUUUUUAUCAAGUGGAUAGUUCAACAAAGUCUAUUUUAGUGCCUGAGAAAGAUAGAGUAUAUACUGGCAGCCAAAAUGGUGGCCGUGAUGUUGUGACUACAAGCAAUUUGAACUUAAGAUACCCAGAUUCAUCAGAAUCACAAGAGAAGAAAUCUGGCGUUGAUGAUCAAGGUAGUGGCAAUGAAGGUUAUACCGAGAGUAACCAAUCUUUAGAGCCCAAGGAUGAACUUCCCGGCUCAGAAAGAAAUGUAGUUCAAUCAGUGAAUAAUAGUGCAACACAAGGGAGCAUACACACAGAUUAUACUAGUUUCAAGAAAGGAAAGACGAAUACAACUCUUCCUGCACCCGACACCAAUUUGGGUUCUGUUGCAUCUUCGUCUCCUGCAAUCAAAGCCAAGCCAGACACAAGUUCUGAAUGCAAUCUUUACCAUGGAAAAUGGAUCUUUGAUUCAACUGGACCAUUGUACACAAACAACUCCUGCCCUGUCAUAACACAGAUGCAGAAUUGCCAGGGAAAUGGAAGGCCAGAUAAAGAUUAUGAGAACUGGCGUUGGAAACCUGACCAAUGUGACCUUCCUCGGUUCAGUCCAAAGGAAUUCUUGGAAUUGAUGAGAGGGAAAACUUUAGCAUUUAUUGGUGAUUCAGUUGCUCGCAACCAGAUGGAAUCAUUACUGUGUAUACUUUGGCAGUAUGAGGCUCCAAAGAACCGUGGGAACAAAAGAAUGCAACGUUAUUAUUUCAGAUCAACAUCCACCAUGAUAGUUCGAAUUUGGUCAUCUUGGCUGGUCAACCAGACAUCUGAGCCGUUCGAUUAUGCACCAAAAGGGGUGGCAAAACUCCACCUGGACGUCCCGGAUGACGUCUUCAUGGAAUUCGUGCCCCAAUUUGACGUUAUCGUCCUCUCCUCCGGCCACUGGUUUGCCAAGCAAUCGGUUUACAUCCUGGAAAACGAGAUCGUCGGGGGACAGCUCUGGUGGCCCAACAAAUCCAAACCGAUGAAAGUCAACAACAUCGAAGCAUUCGGAAUAUCCGUUGAAACAAUCCUCACCGCAUUGGCCAAACACCCAAAGUACAACGGUCUCACCAUCGUGCGGUCCUUCUCGCCCGACCACUACGAGGGUGGGGCCUGGAACACCGGAGGAUCGUGCACCGGAAAGACUGCUCCGGCGGCUGACAGCGAGCUUGUGGAGAAUGGGUUCACUAACAUCAUGCAUGAAAAACAGUCCACCGCGUUUUCGCGCUCCGUGGGGAAGAGAACUAACAAGUCUGCUUUGAAGUUUAUGGACAUUACCCGGGUAUUUGAGUAUCGUCGUGACGGGCAUCCCGGGCCCUACAGAAGCCCAGACCCAAAUAAAAUCACAAAAAGAGGGCCCGACGGUCGGCCCCCACCACAGGAUUGCUUGCAUUGGUGCAUGCCCGGCCCAGUCGACACGUGGAACGAGAUGGUAUUGGAACUGAUAAGAAGAGAGUUCAAAGACAGACAGGUACUUGACUAAUGACAUUGUGAAGGGUUUUGUAUGAUAUUAAACCAUUGCCCUUAGUUGGUCAUAUUCUUUACCCACAGAUAUAUGUUUUUUUCCACAUUUGGUCAUGAAAUAAGAUCACAUACCAUUCUUUAGUUAGUUGUACAUUUGAGUAUAGCCAUAUAUGUUGAUUUCUAUAAGAUAUCAAUGGAUUUAUGAAAAAUACAUUUGUUCAUGUUCU